CUAAAACCUCUGAAAAACCUCAAAGGGAGACAAAAAAAAAUGGCACUGUCAUCGUCUUUGCUUCAUCUUCCUCCUUCAAAACCCUUUGUUUUCCCAGCUCAACGGCACCGUUUUCCACCCUUCAGAGCUUCAUUUAACUUUUCAUUUUCUAAUAAAACUAAAUUCAAUAUACAAAAUCGCACCUUUGCUGCAACAAGAAGAGCUUCUUCUUUAGUAGCUGAAGAAGAACAAGAAGAACAAGAACAAGAAGAGGAAUUUGAAGCUGUUAACAUUGCUGAGGAUGUAACCCAGUUGAUCGGGAAUACUCCAAUGAUAUAUCUUAACAAAGUAACAGAAGGAUGUGUGGCAAACAUUGCUGCAAAACUUGAAUCCAUGGAACCUUGUCGGAGUGUCAAAGACAGGAUUGGUCUUAGUAUGGUAUCUGAGGCUGAAGAUAGUGGAGCAAUUUCUCCUGGGAAGACCAUAUUAGUGGAACCAACAAGUGGAAAUACAGGACUUGGAAUUGCCUUUGUUGCAGCAACUAAGGGAUACAAGCUUAUAGUAACUAUGCCUGCUUCUAUAAACCUUGAAAGGAGAAUCCUUUUACGUGCAUUUGGAGCAGAGAUCGUUCUGACAGACCCAGAAAAGGGCUUAAAAGGAGCUGUUGAUAAAGCUGCAGAAAUUGUGCUUAACACUCCAAAUGCUUUCAUGUUUCAACAGUUUGAUAAUAUGGCUAAUACAAAGGUUCACUUUGAAACUACAGGACCAGAAAUAUGGGAGGAUACUUUGGGUAAUGUUGACAUAUUUGUUGCUGGAAUUGGAACUGGUGGUACCAUUACAGGCACAGGACGUUACUUGAAAAUGAUGAACAAAGAAAUUAAGGUAGUUGGUGUGGAACCUGCUGAGAGGAGUAUAAUCUCUGGAGAAAACCCAGGUUAUUUGCCAAGCAUCUUGGAUGUUAAAUUGCUUGAUGAAGUUAUCAAGGUCACCAAUGAUGAAGCUGUUGAUAUGGCAAGGAGAUUAGCACUGGAGGAAGGUCUACUGGUUGGGAUUUCGUCGGGAGCUGCUGCAGCUGCUGCAAUUAGCUUAGCAAAAAGGCCUGAGAAUGCUGGAAAACUUAUUGUGGUUAUAUUUCCAAGCUUUGGUGAGAGGUAUAUUUCAACUGUUCUUUUUCGUUCUAUACAUGAAGAGGUUCAACAAAUGCAAGCAAGAUAGUAGAUUUGUUCUGCAAGAUUCAGUCUACCAUGGAAUUCAAUUCUCAUUCUUUCAAAUGAAAACUGGGCACUAUACUAUUUGACAGGUGCAACUUUCAUAGAGGCGUCAGGAGUCCAUACAAGAUUUCUCUUAACAACUAACUUUCCAGUCAUUCUUUGCUCAUGUUUUCAACUGUUAAUCAAAUGCUUUGGCAUAUUCAGUGCAUAUCAUGUUGCUACGUUCUGAUUGUAGCAUUGUAGGAUGAUCUCAGGGCUAAUGAGUCAAUUUGAAGAUGUGCAAAUUGUGAAGAUGUGAUUACAACCAUUCUCAAGUUGCUGGAGUUAGUACUUCUAAAAUCAUGUGACACUAAUAUAGAUGCUUGAUAUUCGUAACCAACUUAUCAUUUGUGCAAGUCUAAACCAGAAUUUACUUGUAAGCAUUUCACUUGGCUGCUUUCAUUGGCAGUAUCAAGUCUUCCAGACAGGCUAAUAGCUUACUUAAUGCACAGUUAAAACUGGCAUUAUUAAAUGCUUCUUCCUAUUGUAUCUUGUUACAUUUCUAUUCUUGGCUGAAAGUUUUCUUAUAUUUUAUGUCAAACAAAUUCCAGUUUGGUGAA